UUACUGUUUACUUCGGACGCUUGUGAUGGAUGAAACUUGCCAAACAAAUAGACUCUGGUGGUAUUGCUGAGUUUUUUAAGCUAGGAAGAUGUCAAGUACUCCACAACUCACGAUAGAAGACAUCAAAAAGCGUUCUGGACGGGAGAACUUGUCUGAAAUCCGACAGCUCGAUUUAUCUGGUCUUGGUUUGACUUGCAUCCCAAAUGAGCUGCUUCAACAGUUACCAAAUCUUGCAGAGCUCAAUCUGUCAAAAAACAAACUAUCAGAUGUUAACAGUGAAAAAGCUUUUCCAAAACUCAAAGUUUUAAGUGCGGCCAGCAACCAGCUUAGUAAUGUGGAUGGACUGACAGCAUUUCCUAACCUGAUUAGUUUGGAUGUCACUAGCAAUCCAACCCUUGAGGUCUCAGACAAAUACAAACUGGUGUCUCUCUGCCCUUUGUUAAAAACUCUGGAUGGGAAAGAUAUCAGUCUGAUGAGGGAUGCGGUAAAUAGAUUGGAUUCUACUAUGACACAAAAGAUAGCUGACAUUUGGAGUGAGAAAUUCAACACUAAGUACAAUCAGUUAGAUGAAGAUAAAAGAACUGAACUUGAAAAUGAGUUUAUUGAAAAGCUCAAGUCUGAAGUUACUUGUGGCCCUGCAAUGCUGAAGAACUACAGGGAAUACAAGCUCACAGUUUUAGGAAAGCUCUAUUUCAAGAAAAUUAAGGGUGAGGAAAAGAUCAGUGAAGAACCACCUAAUAAAAAACAGAAAACCAGUCAAGUUAACGGUCAAGCUGAAGUUGCAAAUGAUGCACGAGACAAACCAAAGAAAUCAAAAACAGCAGAAGGGAAAGUGACUAAAAAGAAACGAAGAACACAAGGGAGAGAAAUCAAGGCUGAGAACAGCAGUCCUGCUUAUUGUCAGUUUGCUGUGUCUCAUUUACUUCAAACACAUUCACUAAACAAUGAUCCCACAGACAGAAAGACUCAAGUAUGGGGUUGUGAAUUUGAACCAGAUCCUGAGAGAGAAGGUCACACAACCACAACUUGUGCCACAUGUGGAGGAGAUUCUGUUUGCUUUGUGGACUGCAGCACUGGACGCGUCAUGAAAAAAUACAAACAACCUGGAGAAACAUUUUACUGCGUAGCAUGGACUACAGUUUAUUUAGACUAUGAUUCAGAAAAGAAACGAAAAGGCAACCUUAUUGCUGCAGGAGGUUUACAAAAUGACAUUAAAAUAAUAGAACCUAAUCAGCUAGUAUGCUUUGAAGAAAUUCAGGGACACAAAGGAGUUCUAGAGUGUCUUGUUUUUCACCCUCAUCAUCCCACGUGGUUGCUAAGUGCUGCUGACGAUAACACUAUUAUGGUGUGGGAAAUAGGUCUGCCUAAAGCAGCUGAGUACCAGGGAAAAUCACAACUCCUGCUGACAUUGAAAUCUCGUUCAAUAGUGCGAUUAUUUUCAAUUCCUCCACAUGGCAAAGUAGUUGUUGGAGGAUGUGACGAUGGCUGUUAUGUCUGGAAUCUAUUUGAUAGUGAAACUGAUAAAGGAGAUAAAAAGGAUAAAACAAAGACAUAUUUUGGAAAGUUAGAUUUUCCUGGUAAAAAGACAAUUCCUUUAGACAGUAUUGUGUGCUUGUCAAACAAUAUGAUCGCUACUAAACGAGUUGAAGAAGGUUGCAUUCAUAUUUGGCACUCAGAGUCAGAAAUGAUGAAGAAUGACUUCAGAGUGGCUCACAAGCUGCCAUGGAGACUCACUGAAGUACCUUUCUUGAAAUUCAGCUUCGUACCAGCAUGCUCAGUGAUGUUGGCCGGAGAUGAUGUAGGAUCUGUUUGGUUGUAUGAUGUUGCAUCAAAUGUGUUGGCGACAAAGAGUGAAGAUGUAAAACAAACACAGGUUCUGGCCUGUCCAAAUGAGACAACAAAAGUGUUUAACCAAGUCAGUGCAAGUAGUAAUUUGGAUUACAUUGUGGCUGUUGCAGACACUAAUGUUGUGUGCAUUUGGAAACGACUCAGAAUUGAAGAUGGUAGUUCUCAUUUAUGACAUCCUGCUUAAUACAGUUCAAGAAAUCAUUUUAUUUAUACAUGAAGAUAGUUUACUUAGCAAUAUUAAGAAAGACAUUGAUGUUAUUAGCCUUUUAUCAUCCCAGAGCUGCAUCAUUUAAAUCAGACGCCAAAGGGGAACAGUGAUUCUUUAGUGUACAAUUACUGUAGAGUUGUGCUGGACUCUGGUCACAUGGCACAUAAUAAGAUGAGCCUCAGUAAGUAGGGAAUUAGUAUGAGCUUCAAUGGGUGAUUUGUAAUUCUCUCCACUAUGUUAUGUUUUCUGUAAAUGAGUUGAGAGAAUUUGGUGCUAUAGAGCAGUUUUUAACAGAGUGUUACUAAACCAAAACCAAAAUAAUCACAUUGACCAAUAUGAAAAUACCUAUGACCCUUUAACUCCCAGAUCAAAUUUGUACCUCUCCUUACUGACAACCAUACGAUUUUCAUAAUGUUAGCACAGAGAAUUUAGUAUUGGAUGAACCAAUUAUUCCCAAAUUGAUAUUAUUCUUUAUUCUCAUCACUUAUCUGGUUGAAAUCGUAUUGAUAUUGUAAGGAGAAAUUCUGUCUUGGUCACUCAAAGGAGUUAAAGGGUUAAGAGCCAAUGAGAACUCAAAGGAAGAACAAACAAACUGCCUAAAGUACCGGAAAAAAAUGAGUAACUAUGAGUUGAUUGGUUUUAGUUUUGCAUCUGAUUGGUUGAGAGAAUGGCGUGAGUUUUCUGGACCAAUGAGAAUGAAGUAGAACAAAAACAAAGGAAUCAUGGAUUACUCUUGACACUCCAUUGAAAAUUUCUCUAUCUAGAUAACACAUUUUAGUUUCCUAUUUCCACAAUCUAAUUGUUACAAAACAUAUUGAUAUUGUAUUUCCUAUGCAAGUUGAGUUUUUUUUUUGUUUUUGUUUUCUCUUUUUCUCUCCUCUUUUUUGGGUCAACUAUUAUAUGAUUAUAUUGCGGCAUUUUCAUUAGUUAGGUAAAGCAUCAGUGCUUGAAAUUUCCCAGGAAUAAGAACUUUCCAUCAUGAAUCCAGUGGAAAUUAAGUGUGCAGAUGUUUGCUGUUUAUAGUAAACAUAAUAGUUGGGCUUCUUCUUAAAUGGAAACCCUACAAAUGGUAUUGGAAUUUCCAUGCAUCCUUGUUACAUGUUGUUUUUUUUUUCUUUGUUCUUUUGGUUUCAAUCAAACUACAGUAAUAGUAAAGCUUUGCAAGUGACAAGUAUUAAGGCAUGGCGCUACAUAAAUUAAGUUUGAAACCAGUUUUUGUUGUGUUUAUGUAAGCAAUGAAAAUUUACAAAGUUUAUUUCACUGCUGAAUACAACUUCUAAAGCCAGGGAUUGGAAAGGGGUAUCUACUCUCGUGUGGUGAGACAUAGCAUUUUCUUUUUUUAUAUAUUGCUCAUCUGAAACUUUCAUCUCAACUGUUUCAAUUAAACAAUCUCAGUACAUUUUACUUGACUUUGUUACAAGGUAGCAUCAUCCCUAAUAAAUAGUACUUUACAAAAGCAUGGACAUGCUGAGAACUGUUUAAGAAGCAAAAUAGGAUUUUAUUGGGGAAAGCUCCUGUUGAGAAUUUAACUGUUGGAAGUAUUAUGAUUAGAGCAAUUUUCGGUUGAGCAUCAAAAGUAAUCAAGGAUUUAAGAUUGCUCCAGAUUUUCUGGACCUCAAUGCGGUUUGCUUCCUUAUUUUGAAUUUUCAUCAGCCACUUUUAGAAUUUUCCUUUCUCUCCAUUGGCAAUUAAUUUGAUUAUGGUUUCACAACAAUCCAUUGAAAUAUGCUCUAAUCUAACACACUUGGGCCAGUUCUUACUGCUCAGGACCAGUUUCUUACCAGACUUGGCAACCGUUCGUUUCUGUUAGUAAAUGAUAAUAUCAAGUCCAUUUAAUAAAACAGUACACUUAAGUAAUUUUGUAUCUUUAAAUAAAAGUUUUCAAUUCCUGUAAAUGUUAAGCCAUACUUGUUCAAUACAAUUUGCAUUCUCAUAACUCGUAUCCAUGGUAUUAAGUAUCAUAUUUGGGGAGAUGGUCAAGAUCUCUCAACCAGCCAUAAUUAUAAUCCUUUAAUUCAUAAGAGUGACUAGCAUCCAGUUUCUCCUCACAAUAACAUUGUUGAAUUGGAUGUCUGAGUUAGAAGAAUUAAGGAAAUGAUCACCAUUUGAAGAAACUCUUGAUUGUUAAACAAAUACUUCUAGUCAGUCUCUUAGAGGAUGUAUAGAGAACAGUAUGGAGAAUAUUAAUGCUGAUGUAAGGGUUUAGGAGGUUAAAAGUGAGGUGCAAGUGAAAAACUUGGUCAGGACAUUUAACGAGAUGACAAAGGUGUAUUUGUCCUUGUUCUUGCCAGUGCUAGUGCCAGUGUACUUGAGCAUGUGCACAGAUACAGCAGUGGCCUUGUCUAAGAAGAGGACCAGUCUUGAAAGAAAUAAAAGCAUAACUAUUAUGA